AUCUGUCCUCUGUAAUGUACUAUAGAUGUGAUCUUGUAUGUUUAGUCCUCUGUAUUGCACUAUAGAUGUGAUCUUGUAUGUGUCGUCCUCUGUAUUGUACUGCAGAUGUGGUCUUGCAUGUUUUGUACUAUAGAUGUGAUCUUGUAUGUUUCGUCCUCUGUAAUGUAGUAUAGGUCUGAUCUUGUAUGUUCUGUCCCUGAUUGCCCUGCAUGUCCUGUGUGAGCUGUUCUUGAUAUAUAAUAUAUAUGGUUAUAUAAUUAGGCUGUGAUAUUCUGUGUCACAAUCUUUUAGCUGUGUACUCUGUGCCACAAACGGUUGUCUCAUGAAGGCCAAGUCAUUAUGUCAUUCCCUCUGUUUCCUGGAAUGACCUGGCAAGUACUGAGUGCGAGAAGAGAGACUGAUAUAGGCAGAUAGACUGCACAGCUAAAUAGGGAAAUUCAGUUGCAGCCGAGUACCUACAGGUAAUUCACUUUAGUACAGAAUGCUAGUCCUGACCUGUUCUUCAAAGCUUGCCUCUCUCAGAAGGCUACUGACACAUAGCUUUCCAGAGUCCUUGAAGGUGUGCGGGGCUUUGCAUCAUGUGAUUGAGAAAAAUCCUUUUAGGCUUCAGGUUUUGGUGGACCAGUGGCCAGACUUUACUUCUGUCAUAUGUCGACCUCCAUUGGAAGAAAUGACAGAUCCCUCAGAUCCUUACACCAACACAUAUUUUCUCUUCAGUAAAGACCCACAGGGGUUGCGACAGUUCCUCCAAGAUCCUCAAACUGUGAACUGGAAGCAAGAGUUACAGAUACAAGGGUGUCAGCCAGCAUUGACUGGCGUCCUUCAAGAAGUCAGCUCCAAGCAUGGCAGCCAAAUCCAUACCACAAGUAAUCUGUUAUAUAUGAGAGAUGGAAUGGAGAGUAAAGACCUGGAGAACAUGAGCAAUAUAAGUUCAGAUGAAUUACAGUUUGCCCCACUCCAAACCCAUGAAGCAUCUUAUGUUAACGAACAGUGGCUAUUUGGCAAGAAUCACCAUAGUCUUCAUUUUAUAGAGCGCUGUAUCCAGACUUUUCCUUCCAUCGGUGUCAGAAAAAAAGGGGUGGAUCAGCCAAUUGCCUGGGGAACCUCUGAACAUUCUGUGGAAAUACGUAUGGGAUACACCUUACCAGCCUACAGGAAUUUGGGACUUAGCUCUAUUAUUCUUUUCAAGAUUUCUGCAAUCAAUCACAACAGGGGGUUUCCUAUAUAUGCCCAUGCUGCACCUGAUAAUAAAGCGAGUCAAGCUGUGCUGCACAAAACAGGAUUCCAACAAACGGGCAGAUGGGUCCAGUGGAACUUUCAGCGUAAAAGUCUAAAAGGAAAAUACUAAAAGCAGCAGAAAAGAGUUACCUGUAUUUUCUAUGACAUACAAAGCCCGAAUGUCAGAAUCCCCUUUCCAUAUAACUAUUUUACAUGUUAUACAAAGUGGUACUUUCCCAUGCCAACCAUGUUCCAAAUAGGGCCCAUUUGAAAGACCAUUUUUUGGCACCUCUUCUCAUAGUUUAUACAAAUAACCACACCAGUGCCAAAUAGGAUAAUACCGAAAUAACACAAUGCUACAUUGUGCUGUUAUCACUAAACAAUUUUAAAAUAAUACAUUAGAGUGACGGCCUGUAAGCAUAAAAAAUGAUUUGCUACCUA